UUUUCUUCUUCCUUGCAGCCUGAGUCUCCUUCCAUUCUGCUCCCUCUCGCUUUAUAAUUCUCUGUUAGCAUCCUGCCUCAAGCCUUACCACUCAAGAUGGCUUCGAGGUGAAUAAAAUCCACUCUACAUUUGCAUUACAGAAUCUCCACUCUUCAGCUUCUUGCCUCAUUCCGCAAGACUGUCUUUCUUCUUCCCUCUGACACCCUCUCGUCACUUCCUCGCAAAGAUGCAAAUUUUACAACAUGCCUUCAUCUGCAUUCGCCACCUUUUGGCGAGUCGACAUUACCCGAGAAUGCCUUCUGUCAUGUACCCCAAAGGCUGACCUGCAAUCUCUGCGACUGACAUGCAAAACAUUUGCUGUUGAUGUCGCUCCUGUUCUCUUCAAGUCGGUAGACAUCAACUUUACCAUCCACACCUUUUCGCGCCGGUCGCGAAUGUUUGCAUUGGACCGAAUCGGGGCUCAUGUACGAGAGCUCACCUUUACCAUGCCCCAUCACUCAGAUACAUUUCUCCCGCCCCUUUUGAUCCCUGGAAGUCUAGAGGAGGUGAGAUUCAAUUACGAACCUCGUCAUGGGGUAUCGAGGCCGUCUUCGUCCUCCAGCUCCACCGGCUCUAUCAAUUCCACAAACUCUCUUGCUUCCUCCACAUUGUCAAGCCAAUCCUCCAAGUUCGGCUCGUGGGAGGUGAAUGACUUGCUCGUCAAACAUUAUCCGCCCCUCUUUCACGCCGCAACCAAUGUUGACUCUUUUCUGAGAGCCUUUGUUGCCGUGCCCAAUCUGCGCCAUCUUCGGAUUUCUUGCCCGAACCAACCUUGUGCGCAACGAUACAGGAGAAACAUUGUCGACUACGCAUUGCUCUCCGUCAGGGUCGCCGUCGAGCAAGCGCAACCAGCCCGGCUCGAUCAAUUAACCCUCGACCCGAUCCACCCAGGAGCAAUCUUCCACCUACGACCACAGAUCAGUAUAGGCUGCUCCCCAGCCUCCACCCGUGUCUGGAGCCGUAUCAAGACCCUUAACAUCAAGAUGGACGCCUUUGAAUAUGGCCCUCAUCAACCAUCAGACCAUUUGAAGAUCCUGCAUAGCUACUUGGCCUCCUUCCAGUCUCUUGAACAGCUCAAGUUCAAAUGGCUUGGCUUCAAAGGUCCAUGCCCUUUGUCUUUACACCUGGAACCCUGCACGUCUCGAUCAAGCUUGCUCGACUGCUCCAAUGCAUGUCCCGAUGCAAGCACAAAAUCCGCCUUUCGUCCCCUGAAAUUCCGCCGUCUCAAACAAAUGUAUCUGAGCAAUGCCAGGCUGGACGCAACUCAAGCCUCUGUGUUUAUCACAUCUCAUCGCAAGGUAUUACACGAGUUUCAAUUCGAUGAAUGUGAUUUGCGGUCUGGAACUUGGGAUGACGCCUUGGCUCCCCUGACGCGCAUGGUUGGCUCUGAUGCCUGGAAGGAGAAGCAAACGGCACCGGCUGAGGAAGUCAUGGAAAUUCCAAUCAUGUUAAGCCCUAUUGACGAGAAGCGAGCACAGAUGGAUUGCGUUAAUGAACGAAUGUGGGACGACGUGAUUAUCAAGAGUCGUCAUUUCCGUACACUACGCAGAGUCGGCUCUCGCUCCAAAGACCUAGUGCCGGACCAGGUCAGAAAGUUCCUGCGAACGGCCACAGUUCGCUGGCAUUAAGUUUCUUGCAGAUCGAUCACGCUGUAACUGCGCAGCAUUAUACUAAGUAUAUACAUUUUCCGGAAUGAUUCAUUCUCUUCACAC